AUGGUUUGUAAAGUUUCGCCUAGGUUCGGUAGCCCUACACGUCGCCCGAACAAUGAGUCUCAGGAUACACAGGAGAUGGCCGACUAUGAGACUGCGCUGGAUUCCGCCGGAUACGGCCGCUUCAGCCGCAGCGCGCUUGGUGCGUGCGCGUGCGCAUUCUUCCAAACUGGCGUGCAGAACUGCAUGAUGUCAUAUGUAUUGCCGGCGGCCAAGUGCGAGUUGCAAUUAACCACUUACCAGGCGGGACUCAUCAAUAUGGCUUUUAUGAGCGGUGGAGUGGCCAGCGCAUUUUUCUGGGGUAUCGUGGGCGACGUGUUCGGUAGACGCAACGUACUCAGCACCACUUUGUUGCUGGAUGCCGUCAUCACGCUAGCACAGAGCAUAGUACCGGACUACAGACUGCUGUUGGCCGCGAGGUCUAUCAAUGGAUUCCUCAUUGGUGGUCCAUCGACGUUAGUAUUUACUUACAUAUCAGACCUGGUUGGAGCCAAGAAGAGGCAGUUCUAUCUCAACAUCAUCGGAAUGAGCUUCGUUGCAGCCUGGCUUAUUUUACCAGCUUGCGCGUGGCUAGUCAUACCUUUCAAAGCCGUUAACCACGUCACCAUCAUGCCCAUAUACUCUUGGAGACUGUUCCUGGCCCUGGGCAGCAUACCAGGGUUCAUAGCCGGUGUGUGGAUCCUCAACUUGCCGGAGAGUCCACGUCUGCUGUCAGACACCAAUAGGAGUGAUAAAGCCUUGAAGUUGUUGCAGGAGAUUCAUCGAGCUAAUCGUGGGAAGAGGUCUGAAUUUAAGAUAAAGAAACUUAUUCAGGACAAUGUGCUGGCAAUGAAGACUUCAAACGGUGAACAGAACAGAACUAAAGCCUUGUUCAUUGGAGUCCUUAAGGAUUUAAAAAUGUUUGUCUCCAGGACCUAUGCCUUCAAGUCUAGUCUGAUAUUGUUUGUUUUCUUCGCAAAUAUGGCCGCGGGAUUCGGCCUAAACCUUUGGAUUCCCGAGUUACUUUUGCGAAUGCAAGGAACGUCAUGCAAGAACCUAGGUCUUCCUCAAAACGCGAGACUUCAGAACACCACAAUUCUAAAGGGAACUACGUUGUUCGAAGCAUCUGGUGUGGAAUUUGUACCGGGACACAAUGAUAGCACAUUUGAUGUACACGACAGUCGGAGUUUUGGCUGUGGCGAUGGUAUGGAUGACGAUGUAUUCACAUCAGGCUUAAUAGUAGGCGCAUGUUGCGUGCUAGGAAACGCCGCGUGCGCGUUUCUAUGCGCGCGAGGCGGCGCCCGCGGCGUUAGGCGGGCCGCAGCGGCGUGCGCGCUGGCUUGCGCCUGCGCAUGCGCAUGUCUCGCUGCGUGCGCGUGUUCCUGCGCAUCGUCCAAUAAGAUUGCGGUAGCAGCGGCCGCGGUACUGAAUGCUGCGUCUUUGAAUGGAAAUGUUCUGUUGAUAAGGCUGCUGUUGCAUGCGUUGCCGGCUAAGUUGAGCGGCCUGGGCGUCUGUUGGGGCGCGUGGUGGGGUCGAGCUGGUGGCGUCGCCACGAACCUAGCUGUGGGAGUGCUCCUGGACUUCUCUUGUCCAGCGCCUUUCAUCUCCGUGGCGGCGCUGUUAGCCAUAUCAAUCGGCGCCAUCAUGAUCAUCAAGUUGGAACAGCAAGAAUCAUCACAACCAGAAGAAAAUGAGCAGGAUAAUGAGAAGAACAGAGGGCUAGACAGAUACAUAUCCACACAUAUGUAG